CUCCCGCCGCAGCCGCGGCAGCAGCUGGUCUCGGUGUAAACAAGUCGAGGCGGCUGUGUUCCGGGCCGGGGGGGACGGCGCCCAUCAGGAGCGCCCCCCACUCCCAGGCCAGGCUACCCCGCGGACCGGGUCCUCCACGCGCCCAGGCGAGAUGCCAGCUCAGCAGGGGUGAGGCCAGAAGCAGGUGGGUGACUCACCUGGAACUCCUCCUAGCCUCAGUUUACCCACUGAUGCAACCUGAGGCCUCCUCAGCACUGGGCUCCCUCUGCUCCCCGUGGGCCGCUCCCCGCGUGGGGCCACUGCCCUUGGCCCCCGCCAUGGUGCGGAUUUCGAAGCCCAAGACGUUUCAGGCCUACUUGGAUGAUUGUCACCGGAGGUAUAGCUGUGCCCACUGCCGAGCUCACCUGGCCAACCACGACGACCUCAUCUCCAAGUCCUUCCAGGGCAGUCAGGGGCGUGCCUACCUCUUCAAUUCUGUGGUGAAUGUGGGCUGUGGGCCAGCAGAGGAGCGGGUGCUGCUGACAGGUCUUCAUGCUGUCGCUGACAUCCACUGUGAGAACUGCAAGACCACCUUGGGCUGGAAAUAUGAGCAAGCCUUUGAGAGCAGCCAGAAAUACAAAGAGGGGAAGUACAUCAUUGAACUCAACCACAUGAUCAAAGACAACGGCUGGGACUGACCUAGCUCCUGACGCAUGUGGCUUCACCCUGGCCUGGCCGCCAGGGGGAGCCACUGGUUUCGCUCCUCCUCAAAAGAGCUCAGUAACCUUGGCGCCCCCACAGGGGAAGGAUCCAGCUCCUGUACAUAUAUUUUAUUGCAUGCACUGUGAACUUGGGGGGAGACCAGGAGGGGAAUUGCACCCCCAGCACCUCCCUGCGAUCUGGCUGGCUUGGAUCUCAUUUUUUAACCCCUCUUGUCCUGCCUGUUCCAUAGAUAUGGCCUGUGUGCUGCUCUCAUGGCCCUGGUGCACUAUCUUUCUGUGAACUUCUCCCACUGGAUCCCUCUUAUCCGCAGCGUGUCUGUUCUCAUUCUGUAGCGUUUGUAAAUAAUAAAACAAUGGAAUGGAGA